UCAUAAUUUCACAGGCAAUUAAUUCUUCCUGUCACCGUGUGGGCCUCUUGCGGCCGUUCUGAGAGCCACGUUUGGCCCAAGGACACCAGUGCCAUAGAUGAACAGUGUCUUGGAUUUUAUUAAGGCAGUGUCCCAUGGCAUGUGAUGUUUGGACAUGAAGUUACUUUGUACUUUAUGAAGAACUGCAUGAAAUGUAUUGCAUGCAUAGUAGUAACAUGACAUAAUGACCCGUCUUCUGGAGCUGCAAUCAACUCAUGACUGUAAAUAGCAUGUAACCUGGAGGCACUGGAAUGCCCUCCUCAUAACGGAAUCUGAGAUGGCAGAUUUCAGAUACUACUUACUGCACGUAUAAAACUGAUACAUAUACAUAUAGAUCCACAUACACGCACUGAUUGGACAACUCUUGCGAAACAUUGUACAGUAUGAGCUCAAGAAAGAAGCGUGUGGACUUAAAUAUUGCCCAGAAAUUGGAUGUCAUAAAGAAGUUGGAGUCUGACAUAUCAGUGGACAGCUUGUCUGAAGAGUAUGGAGUCGCAAAAGAGACAGUUCUUGACAUUUAUAAAGCUAAAGCUAAGAUCAUGGACUUUUAUCACAAGUACAGUGUAAGAGAAGAUUCUCAGGAAGAUGUACAGAAUUGUAGUGGAGUGGAAGCUAGGAAAAGAAUAAAAAUGAGUGAACACAUCAUCAGUGGCAAAAGGAAUUGUUCAUAUUGUAACAAGACAGUGAGUUCUCAACGGGCUCUGAAGUUGCAUGAACGUCUACAUAUAGGAAAGGGGAUAUUCCAGUGCUCUGUCUGUGGAAAGACCUACCUUAACAAGGAGAAGUUCAUCAUUCACUUUAGGAUUCACACAGGUGAGAGACCUUUUGAAUGCUCACUCUGCAAUAAGAAAUUCAGUGACAAUUCAAUUUUGAAGAGGCAUGAGAAAACACACAAAACUGAUACACCAUAUCAGUGUAUAGUGUGCAAAAAAAAGUUUGAUUUAGAGACUGCUUUCAGGGAGCAUUUAAAAUGUCAUGCUGAUUUAAAGAAAUUUAGCUGUGCAGACUGUGAUAUGAAGUUCAAUUCGAAGGCCAGUCUUUCACGCCACAUCAAGAUUCAUACAGGGGAAAAGCCCUUCAAAUGUUCACUUUGUGACAAAUCCUUUACUUCGAAGUCUGAUUUCAAAAGGCAUUUCAGGAUUCACACAGGAGAUAAAGUUUCAUGUUCCCAGUGCAACAAAUCAUUUAACACCCCUUCCAAUCUCAGGAUACAUGAAAGGAUACACACAGGUGAAAAGCCAUACAAGUGUUCAUACUGUGACAAGACAUUUUCUGAUAGUUCAAAUUGCAAAGUGCAUGAAAGAAUUCACAAAAAUGAGAGACCUUUUCAAUGUAAACUCUGUAGCAAAAGUUUCAUAGCAAAACAGAAGUUAGAAAGACAUGAAAAAACUCACAGAGAUACAGAGCUACACACCAAGGUUCCUUUAGGAAAUUCAAAAUGUAAAGAAAAGUUUGCCAGUCCUGCACCAAAAAGAAAAUAUUACAAGCCUGAGCAGAGUGAAGAGGCAGCAAAAUUCUUUACUUUUGGGCAGGAAGUACAGGAAUCUUUCAGAAACAAGAGCAAUUAUAUGCUUGACUCUGCUAAAAAAUAUAGUAUCUCUGUGCAUGACUCUUCCAAAGAAGAUAGUCACCCUCUCCAGAAAUCUCCCAUAGAAUAUAGUGUCUCCAUGCAUAAAAUGCAUAGUUACUUGAUGCAUGAAUGU